UAAUAAUAUAAGAAACAUGUUUGUGUAUUCAUUUUGUUUACAUUUAGCAAUUGGAUAUGUGGGAUGUUAUGAAUUUAUACAGAAUGUUCACAUGAGUGAUGAAAACAAGAAUCCAGAUGUCCGUGACGAAGUACUUGGAUCACCUUGCUUGAAAACUCUUGUACAAUCCGGUAGCUUGCAACGUUUUGAAAACCAGUUUUCCAUUUCUGAAAAGGACAAUAAAAAUAAAUUAAUUGAAAAUAAACCAAAUCCAACUAUACGACAAACAGUUACGGAGACUGUUCUCAAAUCACUUGAUAUGAAUGUGAAUCCUUGUGAUAAUUUCUUCAAAUUUGCUUGUGGUGGUUAUAUUAAAGAAAAAGAUCCGCCAAGCGGAGGUCAGUGGGCAUUCAGCAGACCAAGUAAUAGAAUCAGAGGUGCUGUCAAGGUGGAAAUUCAAAGUAUCGUUAAACAAAGUGACCAAAGUCCACUGAAAAAAGCAAAACAACUAUUCCAGUCAUGCAUGGAUGAGCAAACCAUAGAAAUCCGAGGAGGAGAGCCUAUCCUUAAACAUUUGUCUGCCCUUGGUGGAUGGCCUGUGCUAGGAACCUGGGAUAGUAAGAACUUUGAUUAUAUUGACUUAUUAGCGGCAACAAAACCACUUUUGAAAGACUGGCAAUUUCAUAACCAGAUGUCUGGAGUAAUUAUUGGUAUGACGGUGCAAAAGGAUUUUGGAGAAAAAGGUCCAUAUGCUAUAUAUUUAGACCAGCCUCGAUUAGGGCAGUUUGAUUUUUCUGGAUUAUCAAAUCAUGAGGUUUAUCGACUUGGAAGACACAACUUGUACAACAAGGCCUAUGAAGAAUAUUUAGUAGAUGUCGCAGUUUCCCUCGGGGCACAUCCUAACAUCGCCAAAAAAGACAUGUGUGAUGUUGUAGAAUUUGAAACUGCAUUAGCAAAAAUAAUGUUAUUCGAGGAAGAGAGAAGACUAGUAGAUAUUCGAUAUAAUAAGAUAAGUAUUCUUGAAAUGUCAAUUAGGUAUCCAAAAAUUGACUGGCUACGGUUUUUAAGGAAAAUAACAUAG